AUCUGCAAAGGACGACGCCUCCAAGCACUCGUGGACAGCGGAGCGUCUCAUACCGUCUGCGACAAGGCAAUAAUCGACCGACUUCGCGAAGAGUACAAGCCUUCAAAAUUCUCUGCAACGAUGGUGGAUGGCAGCAAGUUACCAGUACACGGCGAAGCAAGCGAAUUCGCCCUUGAAAAGGUCCAGUUCCUAGGACACAUGGUAAGCGCUCAAGGAGUUCACGUCGACCCCAAGAAAAUCGAAGCCGUACAUCCCGAACGUGACUACGUCAUUGAAGCAGACGCCAGUGAUCAGGCCGUGGGGGCAGUCUUGAUGCAAGACCAAGGGAAUGGACUGCAACCCAUUGCCUACCUCAGCAAGAAACUGCACGGGGCAGAACUCAACUACCCGAUACACGACAAAGAGGCUCUUGCUAUCAUCAUCGCCUUCAAAGCGUGGAGAUGCUAUCUCGAAGGACGACGAACGACCGUCUACACCGACCACUGCAGCCUGAAAUAUUUGAAGACACAACCCAACCUUUCCAGGCGGCAGGUCCGGUGGAUCGACUUCCUCGAGACACACUUCCACUACGACAUCGUGUACAAGCCCGGCCACAAGAAUAAAGCAGACGCGCUCAGCCGGCCUGCACACGUUGCCGCGAUUCAGGUCGAAGGGAUGAAUCCACUACUCAAGGGACUCUUCACACACGGCUACCUGGAAGAUUCACAACGCCUUCCAUGUCCAACUUCUGAAGCCCUAUCGGGAUCCUAACACGAUCUUCGUCGGACGCCAACCGCCGCCGCCGCCGCCCGUCCUCGUCCAAAAUGAACCCGAAUACGAGGUCGAGUCCGUGCUUGCACACCGCCGACGUCGGAACGGUACCGUGGAGCUUCUUAUU